GACCUGGGAGGCCUGGGGGACGCGCGGCGAGGGCUGAUGACGCGUAGGGCGGGCGGCAGCGGCUGGGCGCGGAGGUCGUCGGGGGUCAGCGCGUGGACGUUGGGUCCCGGAGCAUCUUCGGGAACCUUCCUCUUGAGCCCGUGGAGAUCGUCUGUUUAGCCUCUUGUGUGUCCACUAUGUGUCCGUCGCCACGGGCCAGCCGGACGCCCCGUUUGUCUGCAUUUUGAAACAGUUUCCAGCCACACGCCUUCCCUGGAGUUUGAAGCCAUGGUGCACGCCUUCCUCAUCCACACCGUGCGGGCCGAGGACGCCGGGCUUUGCCGAGUGCUCUACUCCCGCGUCUUCGGGGCUGAGGACUCAGCUGAGGACUGGCCGCCGCGUGCUGCAGGGACGGACAGGCUGCUCUGCAAGGAGCAGAUGUUGGCCGUGGCCAGGCAGGUGGACACCAUGUGCCAACUGCAGCAGCAGGCAUCUGGCCGUUCCUCCAUGGAGCUUCAGGCCCAGGUCUCCGAUGAGCCAGUGUUCCUGCCCGAGGCCCCGUUUGGAGCCUUCCACCUGGCGGCAGGGGACCCUUUCCGGGAGCCACGGACGGUGUUGUGGUUGGGUGUGCUGUCUUUAGGGUUCACCCUGGUGCUGGACGCCCAUGACAACCUGCUGCUGGCUGAGAGCACGCUCCGGCUGCUGGUCCGCCUCCUGCUCGACCACCUGAGGCUGCUGACCCCAGGCACCAACCUCCUGCUGCGGGCUGACCGCAUCGAGGGCCUCCUCUCACGCUUCCUGCCCCAUGGGCAGCUGCUCUUCCUCAACGACCAGUUUGUCCAGGUCCUGGAGAAGGAGUUCAGUGCUUCUUGGCCCCGCUGA